GGGUGGGGGCGGGGGGUCUAAAGAAGAAAAGUGAGGCUGGUGGUUGGGGAGAAGCAGAAGUGAUGAGAAAACAAACGGGGAGGCUGGGGGAGGCUGCUCGUGCUGCCGCGCUCUGCCGGGAGGCUCGCUGCCGCUAUUCCUGUGGGUGGACAGGAUUAAAGAGCCUCAAGUGCCCGACACCCCCAGGGCUGCGGCUGCUUCUUCCUCUGCCUGGACCAUGGAGACUUUAAAUGGCACCAGCCCAAGUGAUACCCUCAAGCAGCAGCAGCAGCAGGGCCACCACCACCCCCACGCUGAGAAGAAGAGACUGAACCGAGCCCCUUCCCCCGCCAGACCCUUCCUCAAGGAUCUCCACGGCCGGGCAUCGUCUGCCAAGCCCCCGCCGGUGCCGCCCAAAUCCCCCAGCCUGUCGGGCAAGCCGCAGCAGCCGGGCGCCCCGCCUCAAUCCGCCGGGCUCCUGGCCACCCAGAGCCGCCUCUCCAGGCGCAGCGGCUCCCAGGGCGCAAAGGCAGGGGCAGCAGCCGGGACGGGCGGCCGAGCGGGCAGCGCCAAAGCCGCCCUGUGGAGCAAGAAGGCGGCCCGAGCCCAGGAGCAAGGGGGCGGCAAGGCCGGGGCCAGGCAGGCCGGGGGGGAGCCGGGCCACCCGCCCGGCAAAGGCAGGAAGGGGAAGAGAGGCGCCCCCCCGCAGCAGGGGGGCUCUCUGGCCUCGGCCGCCGGGCCCGGGCUGGGCAGCGGCCAUGCGGCCGGGGCGGCUCCGGCCAGGCUCAGCCACACGGACAGCAGCUCCGACCUGUCCGACUGCCCCUCCGAGCCGCUCUCCGAUGAGCAGCGACCGGCCCAGGCCGCCAGCAGCGACGCCGAGUCCGGCACCGGCUCCAGCGACCGGGAGCAGCCGCCUGCCCCGGGCCGAGCGGGCACCCCGGUGCCUGGGGGCAGCCCCGCGCUGGGCGCCCCGCCGUGCCCGGAGAGCCCCGCCGGCCAGAGGGCGGCGCAGCCAGCUCCGCCCUGCAGCCCGCAGCCCGCCUCGCCCGCCCCCGGGGGAGAAGAGCCGAGCUGGGGCCGAGCCGCGGAGAACAUGCGGCUGGGCAGCAAAGCGCCCGCCCCCUGCCAGCCGCCGGCGGCGGAGGAGGAGGAGGAGCUGCUGCGGGAGAUCGAGGAGCUGCGCUCGGAAAAUGACUAUCUCAAGGUAAACAGCGCCGAGGGGCGGGGCCAGCGGGUGGGCGCAUCCCCCCGGCGCAGGGAGGCGGGACCUGGGGGCUGA